GCAAUUAUAGAGAAGAAAAGAAGAAAAGUGCAUUAAAGGCUCCGUGUGAGAGGAACCGCGACCCUCCUUCUGUCUGUCUGAACAUCUAGCAUCUAUUCCACUCCUCAGACAUGCCAGCCUGCAACCACGACCAGUUCUAGAACUUCUGAGGAGAGCAGGAAUCUGGGAUCCAUCCAGAGGAACCGAGUUCUGAAGGAUCUGCAGCAUGAAGCCAUGAGGAGGACCGAGAGCUGCAUGGAGAUCCCAGAUCACAUCAUCUCACAUCAUCAGGAGGAUUAAAGCUCUGUACAGACACACUGAGGUGGAGCAGAGAGAGCUUCAGGAGGUUCUGGAGGUUCUGGAGCUGAUCCGGGGUGAGGAUGAGCAGCUCCGGAUGGGAGGAAGGAGAGCUGGACUUCCAACUGAUCUUCGAGGAGGAUCAGCAACAUCAAGCGGAUACCACAGCACCUGACAGCCACCUGAGCGCCGGGCACAUCAUCCAGUCAAUAGGGAUCGUCCCCUCGCCGCCGCUGUCGACCAAUCACAGGGCCGGGAUGCAUUCCCCGCCCCCCAGGAGAGCGCUGGUGAGGGAGUUCAGCGGGACGUACGAGAGCCUCCCCGCCCGAUCCGUCCAGGUUUCGGAGUCUCGGGUGCUGGAGUGCCCCAGCAUCCAGAUCACCACCAUCUCCCCCGACGACGACUUCGCCCCGGACGGGGGGCACUACUGGGACCGGGACCGCCUCUACCUGCCCCUGCUGGACCCCUACUGCUACCGGGACAGCGGCACGGGGGCGGGGUCUCUCAGCCCCAGCCCCGCCUCCAGCCCCUCCUCGCGUGGCUGGCUCAGCCCCGCCUCCAGCUGCGAAUCGCUCCUGGUGGAGGAGGAGGAGCUGAGCGAGGCCGCCACCCACUUCUGCCUCUCGCCCUCGUCCCGACCCACCUCGCCCGGCGGCAAGAAGCGGCGCAACUCGCCCCUGGCGUCGCCCUGCCACUCGCGCCGGAGCAGCUACUCCGAGGAGCAGGCGCAGUACCUGGAGGCGGGAGACUCCGCCCCUCAGACUCAGGGUCACAUCGAGCUCAGCAUCCCGCAGAAGACCAGAAAGACCUCGUUAGAGCAGGUUUCCUCCAGAGAUGUGGAACUGGAGCAGAUACCCUCCCCAAACGCCCCCUGCCCCCCCUCAGACCUGGGGCAGAUUAGGAGGGACCCUACGGCGAUGGGCAUGGACUACUUAUCUGUGCCGAACGCGCUCGGCUGGGGGAGGACGCGAGCCAGCGCCCACAGCCCCAUCUUCAGGUCGAACGCUCUGCCGCCGCUGGACUGGCCGCUACCGUGCCAGUUCGAUCAGUUCGAGCUGCGGAUCGACGUCCAGCCGCGCCCGCACCACCGCGCCCAUUAUGAGACGGAGGGAAGCCGAGGAGCCGUCAAGGCGUCGCCGGGGGGGCAUCCUGUGGUCAAGUUGGUGGGGUAUACGGAGCGCCAGCCGCUCUCCUUACAGGUUUUCGUGGGCACCGCCGACGACAGAUCGAUCCGGCCACACCCCUUCUAUCAGAUACACAGGGUGACGGGGAAGAUGGUCGGCACGGCGAGUCAGGAGAGCAUCCAGGCCGGAACCAAACUGCUGGAAAUUCCUCUAAACCCCGAGACCAACAUGACGGCGCUGAUCGACUGCGCCGGGAUCCUGAAGCUGAGGAACUCGGACAUCGAGCUGAGGAAGGGCGAGACGGACGUCGGGCGGAAGAACACGCGCGUGCGCCUGGUCUUCCGGACUCACCUGCCCCUGGCCCCGCCCCUCGGCCCACCCGGGCGUGUCCUGGCGCUGCAGGUGGCCUCCCAGCCCAUCGAGUGCUCCCAGCGCUCGGCUCAGGAGCUGCCCGUCAUCGAGUCCAUCAGCCUCACUUCCUGUUCGGUGGAGGGAGGGGCGGAGCUUCUGAUCAACGGGAGCAACUUCCUGCCCACCUCCAGAGCGCUGUUCAUGGAAAGGGGAUCAGAUGGUAAACUGCAGUGGGAGGAGGAAGCACAUGUCGACCGCGAAAAGAGCACUGAGUGUACGUUGUGUGUACGAGUACCAGCGUACAGCGACCUGUGUGUGAAUCAGCCGGUGUGUGUGUGUGUGUACGUGUCCAACGGCAAACGCAAGAGAAGCAGCACACACUGUUUCAAAUACCUGCCCAUCCUGUUUAAGGAGGAGGACCCGCUCUUACCUCGCCCCUCUCUGCUGCCGCUGGAUGGUGUGAUGCCACUGUGCCCCCCUCACCCAUCAGACUACCACUACCCGGGGGGGUACCACGACGAGUUCUGCCCCCCGGCCGACGAGGACCAGGGCGGAGGAAACGACUGCGAGCCUUCGUUUCAGAACCUGGAGCUGGGCUUCACCGAGCUGUUACCCCCGCUGUACCCCCCGCAGCCCUGGCCCGACUCACCGUACCUGUCCUCCUCGCCCUCGCCCUCGCACUCCUCCUCCAUCAGCCCGUUUCCCAGCAGCCCCGUCUCUACCUCCCCUCUCCCCCCUCCUCUGUUAGCCCACUGCCCCCCUGCUUACCCUCAGGAGGGGCAUCUGGGGUACGGCGGGGCGCCGCCCAUGCAGCACAUCACGCUGGACGAAGUGAACGAGUUUAUCGGCGAGGACAUCAGGACGUUUCACACCGACAGCAGAUCCUCAUAACGAGGAAAACGACGCGCUGCUCCUCAUUUAGUGCAUUAAUCGCUCUCAUGUACGAGUCUCUGUAUUGUUUAUGUUUAUGUUAUAUUGAUCAGUUUAUCGUGGGGGGUGGGGGUAUUUCGGAGCGCAGGGGUACGGCUGCAGGUACGAGUCCGGUAUUUGGAGCGAUACUUGAAUGGACACGAUGUUUUUAAACCUCUUUGAUAAAUAAAUUAUCAUUUCAAUAAA